UCUACGACACCUCCAAUCGGCAUCAGCUCAGCCAGCGACUCAUCUGCGACACUUGCCCUACUGCUUCGUGUGGUCCCGACUGCAUUCGGCGUCGAAAGACAAGGGCACUACGCCUGGAAGGUCGAAGCAUCAUAAGAAGAAAGUAAAGACGAGAACACUUGUAGGAGAAUUUCGCCAGAGGUGGAAGAAGGGUCACGAUGGUGCGAGCUUCAGCGGCGGCAGCUGCGCCUUCCUCGCAGCAGUCACUCUCCCACUGGAUGUCCAAGGGAAAGCUUGUGCAAAAGGGCCAGUCGACCGAUGCAAUGCUCAAGCGUCUUAAGCUUCUGCAAACGCAAUUGAGCAGCAUGGCACAGGAGAGGGCAAACAUCAAAGAGCUUGACCAGAUCAGAAAGGAGAUUUUCCAGCCCACGAUCAUGCUGAACAAGGACAAGGUUGUCAGGGCGAGCCUUGCAUGUUGCCUAGCGGACUUGCUCAGGCUGUAUGCGCCCAAUGCGCCCUUCGUGGCUGGCGAAUUGAAGGAUCUAUUUGAAUUCUUUCUGCAUCAGCUCACCGACCCCAAAGGCGGCCUAUCCAAGCCCAACGGACCCGUCUACUCUGACUGCGUCUAUCUGCUUCACAGCCUGAGCACAGUGAAAAGUGUCGCCCUCGUUUGCGAUGUGGACAAUGCGGACAAGAUGAUGCUGGACUACUUCCGAGGCUUCUUUAGUCUUGUUCGACCAGAAACGAGCAAGAACAUCGUGAUCAGUUACGCGGAUAUCCUUGUGCAGCUACUCGACGAGAGCGUCACAAUCUCGCAAAGCAUUGUCGACACCCUCUUGGCAAAUUUCAGCCUCGCCGUAGCAAAGAGCAACCCCGAAGCGCGAGCCCUGGCAGUACAGGUGUGCGAUGCUGCGAAGGACAAGCUGCAAAAGUACGUGGCCCAGCAUUUCAGCGAGGAAAUUGUCAAGGCCGCCGAGACCCAGGACGAAACAAAGCGCCUUGAAUUGCUGAGGAAAAGUCACGCCCUGAUAAUUCAGGUGGCCAAGUCAGUACCAGCACUUCUGCUCAACGUGAUCCCCCAACUCGAAAUGGAGUUGCUUGCCGACGAUGUUGUCCUUCGCCUCAUCGCGACCAAAGCACUCGGACUAGUCUUUGCUGAAAAAUCUGCGAUGACGAUCGCGGGCGGAGGUGCCUACAUGGCGAGCCAGUACAGUUCAACUUGGAGACAAUGGCUCACUCGAAGCAACGACAAGGUCGUCUCGGUGCGCAUGGCCUGGCUCGAAGGCGCACACGGCGUCCUCGUCAAUCAUGCCGCUCUCAAGAGUGAUAUUUGCGAGCGUCUGUCAUCGAAGCUGGUCGACUCUGACGAGAAGGUUCGCCUCGCCGCCAUUGCUGUCAUGGCCCGGCUCGACUAUGAAACCCUGAUUCACCACGUUGACAUUAGGACUGUCCGGGAGCUAAGCGACCGCUGCCGUGAUAAGAAACCGGCCGCUCGAGAAGCGGCGCUGCGAGCGGUAGCAAGAGCUUUCUCUCUGGCAUACACCGAGAUCGAGAAUGGCAAUGCGUCUGCCAUCAAGCACUUCGCCUGGAUCCCUUCCGCUAUUCUCGAGGCGCUUUACUCGGCCGACAAGAGCGUGCUCCUCCGACCUAUUCAAUCUGUAUUCGAGGAGUACAUCCUUCCUCUACCCGCCAAGGUCGACGAGAUCGACGAGGCAAGCUGGGCGGCGAGGGUCUUUCACGUCAUGCGCCUCUGCGUUUCCAAAGAAGCAGCCCAGCAGAGCAAAUUUAUGGCCUUCUUCUCCAUUACGAACCUCAUCGAGCAGCGCAAAGCCUUUCUAAGAUUUGUGGAAGCCUGUGAAGAAUUUUCGGGAGGUGCGCCUGCCGACGGCAACCGAAAUGCGGACAAGAUCAAGGCAAAGCUCCUUGGCGUUAUCCAGGAUCUCACGAUACAUUGGGUUGAUCGAGCCAAGGCUGCUGGAGACCUUCACAUGAUUGCGAAAUGCAACGACACACGACUAUAUCGCAACAUGCGCACCGCUAUGGAUCCGAGCUCCGACCUCAGAACCAUUCUCAAGAGUCGGCAGGAAACAUUGAAAAGGGCCGAGCAUGUCUGCAAUUCGGCGUUGGAGACCCUGGUGCAGUUGCUCAGGCUGGCAACAUUCCGGCAUAUCAACACGACGACGGUGCCUUACCUGCUCCAGAAGCUCGAGAAUCCGUCGGUUCAUUACAGCGAAGAUCUGGACCGGAAAAACGCUUUACAAGUGUUUUACCUCAUUGCAAAGCACCACCCAGGCAUGCUCGUGCCCCACGGUAACACCAUCGCAACAUCCUUGAAGCCAGGCCGAGACAUGUUCUUCUGCAAUGCGAGCCUUGCUGCGCUAUCCAGUGUGUCAGCUCGCAAGCUUGACUCACCCCUCAAGACCAGAGCCGCAGUCGAAUCGAUCAAAGAAUUUGUUCUCAAUGGGACAGAGGAGCAGGCAAAAUACGCAGCAAAGCUCCUCGCGACCAGCACUGCAGCAGCCUCGUCGUCGACUCCAUCCGUUGCUCAGUCAGCGGCAUCGAAUGCGGUCGAGGAGCUCUGCGAGAGCAUCGUCAGGAGACUACCCAAGCUCAAGGAUGUGCCCCUCAAUGCCGCGCUAGCCUCAAUGUCCCAAUUUAUCAAGCACGCUCACGAAGUCGCCGCCGACGUGGGCGACGCGCUGGUUGCGCACCUCGUACAAGGAAUCCUCAUGAAGCCUUGGCAAAAGAACGAAAUGGCUAGCUCCAAGGACGAAGACUGGAACGAGGGCAUGUGGCUUGAAGAUGCCGAUCUUUCGCCGGAUCUUCGAUCGAGGCUUCUAGCCGUGCAAAUCCUGACGAAGAGAUGCGAGGUCUACUCCAACGACGGCGACGUCAUCGAGACCAUCGCUCAACCAGUCAUCAAGCUCUUGAUCCAAAUUCUGAGUGCAGGCGAGCCGGUGGCUCUCAAUACCAACCUCGCAUCACGGGCGAGACUUCGACUCAAGGCGGCCCUGCUACUUCUCAAGCUAGCUAGGCACGAGAAGUGCGAAAAAUUGCUCCUACGUCAUCACAACACCCUCGCCCUCGUGGUCCAGGACGAGAGCUUCAACGUUCGUGCCUUUUUCUUGCACAAACUCAUGUCGUACUGCAGCAAAUCGUUGCUGCCACGUCGCUUCUUUGUUGUUCCCUUCUUGGCAGUCUUCGAUCCUGAGGUGGAAAAUCGCGACAUGGUCCGCAACUUUGUUGCCAAGCUCACCGGACAGAUGCCCAACGAGACGCGCAUCAAGCAUUUCGACAUGGGACUCGCACGUCUCAUCCACCUUGUCGCCCACCAUCCAGACGUGCAAGAAAGCGUGACGACGUCGUCAGAUAUCAUUUCGGCAUCCCAGUACCUCGACUUCUAUCUUGGACACGUAGCCUCCGAGCGCAACGCCAGCUUUCUUUUCCAUCUGGCCAACCGCAUCAAGACAAUCCGCGAUGCUGAGAGCACAGGACAUAGCGAGAUCCUGUACAGCCUCGCCGAGCUGACCGCACUCCUCAUCAAGCGACGCGCUCAGGCCUAUGGCUGGACCUUGACUACGUACCGUGCCGGAGUCAAUCUUCCCGACGACAUUUUCAAGCCGCUACCCAAUCCAGAGAUCCAGAAGCAGAUCAUCAAGAAACAAUACCUGUCGGACGAGAUGGUGGAGCACUUCUCGGAACCUCUCAAAGUAGGUCGCCAUGCCCAGACAGCGAAUCAAGCCACUGCGCCGUCUCUGGGCGCGAAGAAGACCAGUACGGCGCCACGCAAGAGGGCAAGACCAAGCGUAUCUGCAGGCAAGAAGAACACGAAGCGCGUCAAACGCAAUAAGAACUUCGAAAGUGAUGACGACAAUGAAGACGAGGACGAGGACGAUGAUGAUGAUGACGAAGGAGAGACAGAACGUAGCGAAACUCUCAGCGACGACCAGAGAUCCGUCAGCGAAGACGAGGAGAUAAGCGACGGCAGCGAGGCUGACGGUGGACGCGGACAACGAACGCGAGAGAAGAGGAAGCGUGAGAUCAAAGCCAGGAAUCUAGAUCGCCAGCGCAGGCGUCUGGCUCGUCAGGCUGCUUGAGAAGCUCACGUAUCUCUCAGCGACGAUAUAUUGUACUUGUACUCAUAGGGUCUCGGCCAAUGAUGAUGGAGCAUUGAUCAG